AUGGACCUUCAUCAUCGCGAUCUCGUUCUAGCAGGGGUUGGCGGAUUCAUCGCUUGGGGUCUGGUGGUGCGCUGGCUGCCGGUCCUCCGAUAUCUCGGAUGGGCCCUGGCCUUGGGGGGCGUGCUGUCCUCUGCUGGGUUUUUGGCGCUGGUCGUCCUCACCGUCCGAAGGCAGAACGACAAGCCUAGCAGCUCGAAGGCUGUCCCUGUGGCUUUUAUCACACCCAAUAACUGGCGGAGGGAUGUGCUCAAUGUGCGGAAAAGCUCGCGAUACCGGCCACGGCCACUAUAUCCGCAAUCAUUUGUCGUCUCGGAAGAAAUAGACGGCCUUCUGUCUUUCAUUACCCGAGACUUCGUAUCCUCAUGGUAUCACAACAUUAGUCCUAACCCCACAUUUGCAAACGAAGUUGAUCGGGUGAUUCGAGUCGCCCUGGAAAACUUUCGGGACAGGCUACUCUCAGAAGAUCUGAUCUCGUUGGUCGUCUCGCGGGUCUUCCCGAUAUUGACAGCCCAUCUAAAGGAGUACGACAUCGCCGAGCGUUCAGUUCGCGGGCGAAAUCUCAAUCGAAAUGUGACGGAAUCCGAAGAACUGGACUUGGCUAUUGCCAAGAAAUUUCGCGAAGGCCGCUUACAUCCUGCAGUUGCGCUCUCUUCAUCCGAUCAAAAGCAGGUCCAGCAAGAAUAUCUACGCAAGAUUUCCGUGGGACUUCUCCCUCAGCUGUUUCCAGAGAGCGUGCUCAAUAGUCGGGUUGUAUCUGUCCUGAUUCGCGAAAUCAUCUCAUGCGCGGUGUUGCUUCCGAUCGUGUCAGCACUUUCAGAUCCAGAUACGUGGAAUCAGUUGAUGGAGGCAUACGGCAGAACUGCUUUGCAGGAUCGGAAAACAGUACGAAAGCUUCGAGCUGCGCUGGACGAGCACGCAUCUCCGGUUCCAAAGUCAAAACGUGGACAGCCGUUUCCAAGACUUUCGCCCCAGGACUCUGAACGAGCGUUUGAACGUUUUGUUCGGGCCAUAAGACGAUGUAAUAAUCUGUCUGAUGCCCGUCGUUUCCGUGCGCUUGUGACUAGCCAGUUGAAGCGGGAAAGCAUGGUCGAGGGACAAGACCAGGUCUAUCUCCGGCGCUUGGAAACUGGUAAAAGGGUCCUGGAUCAAAAGGUUUCCAAACUUUCCGUGCCCGGAGAAGCAUCUCGGAGACUUGCUGCCGCGGUGAAUCCCCGUCAAGAGAGCACGACCGCUGCACAAGAGACUUCUCUUGUGGAUGUGAUGCACAGUGCAUCUGGGCUUUCAUAUUUCAUGGAGUUCAUGGACCGCCAGAAGUUGAUGCCCAUGGUUCAAUUCUGGAUCGUGGUCGACGGAAUCCGAAACCCAUUGGAAGACGACUUUGGAGACGAGACGUCAUCCGCCUCGGGGACUUGGACAACUGCCGACAGGAAUGACAUGGCACUUCUUAGUGAAACAUACCUCAACAGACCGGAGCUGAAAGUCUCUGACGAUUCACGACUUGCAGUCAAGGCCUUCCUGAGCGCGGGCAAACGCGCCACCCCGGAGCAGUAUCGCAAGGCUCGAACAGUUGUAUUGGCCACCCAGUCUGCCGUUCUGGAAGAAAUGGAAAGCACUCAUUAUCCAAAGUUCAAAGAAUCCGAUCUAUACUGGAAAUAUCUCGCGUCGGAUGAGGCUUCGGGUGCUCAGGUACCAAUUCAACACCAAUCUCCACCCGCAGUUACCUUUGAUGCUCCCGAGAGACGACCUCUGCCUCCUCUUAUGGUACGGACGGGCUCACAGCCGGGUACCAGACCGUCAAAAGACCUUCGAAGAGCUGCUGUCUCUUCAAGUGACGUUCGGGGUAUGGGCAAGCUAUUUGACGAUGACGUUUCACCCCGACGAUCGAUAGACUCUGAGCGCUCUGGCCCUCUUUUUGACGAUGACUACGACACAGAUAACCUUGCUGCAUCUACUGCAAGUCUCGGCAAGGAUUCUCAAAAUGGCGACAAUGAUGCUUCGCAGAGUCUAGUCCUUGAAACUAUGGAGGCAGCUCUCAACGACAUUAUCACCAACGAACCGAAAAGUACACGGGUUGAAGACCUGAAAGGCAGCAGCGGUUCCUCUUCUUCGCUUUUCGGAUCUGAUCCCCCUGAGCCUGCGCGUCGCAAUUCAUCAGACACACCCCGAGUUGAGGGCCGCCCAGCCGAGAAGAAGAAGAGCAUUGCGACACUGGGUCUAGUUGGUCGUGGCCUACGGCAUGGUGUCUUUGAUGAUGACCUAUUCCCGGAUCAGCAGAAAUAUCUCGAGGAUGAAUACGAAGAACCCGUCGGCGAAGAAAAAGACCCAGCAGAUGAAGUCCACGAAGCUGCACCCGGCGACCUCGGUCUCACAGAAGCCAUCGAAGCCCUCACUACCGAUAUUGAUAAGCUUAGUAGUCAAGAUGCUGUAAUCGAGGCAUUGACCCGGAAGGCCGAACUGACGAAUAACACGGCCGAGCUGCGCAUCUUACGCAAAUCCAAAGCUAGCAUCCAGCGUGAGAUCCAUCGCAAGGAAAUGCAGCGGCAGCAGUACAUCAUUCAAGAGAGCGACAACAGUUUAUACGGUCGAUCCACGGUCUCCAUCAAGUCUAUCGUGGUAGGUAAGGAAGAGGACGAUGGACGUGAGUUCGCGAUGUAUGUCGUCGAAGUUCAGCGAAAUGCUGGGGAGCAGAUGCCAGCGGCAUCAUGGGUCAUCGCACGCCGCUACAGUGAAUUCCACGAGCUUCAUCAAAGGCUACGCCUGAGCUACCCAUCUGUCCGACACUUGGAAUUUCCUCGACGGCGCGUGGUGAUGAAACUACAAAAGGAGUUUCUCCAAAAGCGUCGUAUUGCCUUGGAGUCCUAUCUCCAAAAGCUACUCCAACUCCCCGAAGUCUGCCGCAGCCGUGACCUACGAGCCUUCCUCUCUCAACGAGCCAUCCUUCCCCGUGACGAUGCCAAUUCUCGCAACAGUGAAGGCGAAACCAAAGACCUAGUCACACGAAUCUACAACUCCGUCGCAGAUGGCAUGGACGACUUCCUCGGCAAUUUCGGAGUCUUGGAUCAGCUAUCCACCGCCGGUCAGAAUCUCAUAUCUGCCGCAACGCAACAAAACGGCCCCAGCACCGCUCAAGACCCGGUCCUCGCCACCGAAGACGCCGUGACAGCAGCCGAGGCCGAAGCGGAGCUCAAUGCCUUCGAAGAUCGCGAACUCGAACCCUUCAUCAAACCAAUCUGCGACCUCUUCCUCGAAGCCUUCGAGCUAAACCGCGGAAAUAAUUGGCUUCGCGGCCGUGCCGUCGUCGUCGUUUUGCACCAGCUUCUCGGCGGCACCAUCGAGCGUAAAGUCCGUGACGGCGCUCGCUCUCUUGUCCAAGACGAUUCUCUUCUACGCUACCUCGCUCUCGCUCGGGAUUCCCUCUGGCCCGGGGGCGUCCUGCGCAAGUUUUCCCCUCGGUCUGGACCCGAGCGCCUCAAGAGCCGCGCCGAGGCGACAGUUGUCCUCGCCACGCUCAUCCCAGAUCUGGCCGGAAGCGUGGUCGGUCGUAGUAAUGCCCAAGCUGCAGCCCGUCGCAUCUUUGCUACGCUGAAUAACCAACCCCUCAAUACCCACCUGGUCUUUACUAUCCUCGAUGAGAUCGUACUGGUACUCUUUGGCAGCCGGGAGCCUGGUCGCUCCCGUUGA